CACUCUAGUUCUAUCAGUUCAAAAUUAGGGACAUCUAAUGUAGAUGGAAAGGUGUGUAUAGCUUUGCGCGAGUGUCAAAACAACCAAUGAUAAAAGUUAUGCCUUUCUUUAGACGAUGAAGUAGCUUUUUUAUCUAGUACCAUACAGCAUGUGUUCAAACUGUGUUGCAGCUCAGACUAAGAUGAUGUGAUAGAAGGGACCAUGGCAACAGAUCAGCAGCAACUCAAACCUACUGCAACCAACAGUAGUCCAUUUUCUCGCUCUAAAAGCCUACGACUUCCAUCAAGAAAGAAGCAGAAUGAUUAUUCUAUCAAUUCUCUCACUCGCCAUGGCAGCAUUCGAUUGCCAAAGUCUGCUACUUCAUCAAACACAAGUGCCAAUAAUGAUCAGGGAACAGCAGCUAGUAAAAAGAAAUUAAAGCCUCUCUAUGUAUUCCACAAACCUAUUCCUCCACCUAAGCCAAAGUUGAAUAUUGUUUCAAUAAAUAAGAGUGUACAUGAUGGGAAAACAAGCAACAGAGCUUCCAAAAUGGCUUGUAAUCGAGCCAUCAGUGCUGAAGACUUACGAAAACAGGUAAACAAUGUAUCUGUGAAAGUUGUGGAGGAAAGUUCAAUGAACAUCUCUACAUGCAGUUUGCCUGCUAAAACUCCUGAUAGUUGCUCAGUUUCUCCAACUUCACGAGGUUCUCCAAAUAGCAUUCGUAGUGAACGAAUCUAUUCCUUGAGAGGAGACAUGACACAAGGUGCUAAAGAGACUCAAGACUUGAAACCACAUUUGAAGAGGUUAACAGAAGAACAUGAAAAGCUUCAGAUGGAAUAUGCUCGUUUGAGAAUUCAACAUAUAGAAUUAGCAACUGCUCAUUCUUUUGGCUCUCCGAGUUCAAAGAAAGAUUUUCCUGGUGCUUCAACUCUUUCUAACUUUGACAUCAAACAAACAAAACAAGAAAUCUGUGAACGAGAAAACAGACUUAAAGAGCAGCUGAAAGAACAAGAAAAUUUAAUCACAGGUUAUCGAGAUGAGGUGGUACGUUUGCAAGGUGAAGCUCGGCUAUUCCAGCGGAAAUACUGGCAACAAGUGAUGAGUUGUGGAACAUCAGAAGUGGAGUUAGAGGAUGCUUUACAACAGAUUGCUUGCCUCAUAGAGAAGCUAGAGGACAAACAGAAAGAGUUGAAUCAAGCAAACAUUAAGAUUCAGCAAUUGGAAGAGCAGCUUUGUUCUUGUGAUCGUGAGUUGCAGCAGUGUCGAGAUGCUAUUGAUGAUUACCAGAGUCAGCUUGAAGGUGCAGAGGCUCAAAAUGUUCUCCUGCGAUGCCAAAUCAAAGAUCUUGAGGGAGAUUUAGCAGAAGGACGAGAUAGUCUUGAGUUUCUUCAAGUAGAGAGAUCCACACUGACAGAGACAAUACAGGAGUUGGAACAAACACUACUGUUAGCACGGGAGAAAGCGAAUCAAGAUAAAGCUUAUAUAGAUGAGCUAAAAGAUCGUUGUCAAUGUCUUUAUGACAAAAUACAAGACAAAGAGUUUGUGUGGUUACAAAACCAAGUGCUGCAGGCCCAAAUCAGUGCAACUGAAGGCCAAGCACAAGACCUGCUAUUGAGCCAAGGAGCAGAACUCAGUACAAUUGCUCUUGCUCUAACACAGCUUGGUUAUCAUGCGCAUGCUCUAUUAACUACAAUAGUUGAGUAUGCCGGAAAUGACUUGCAACUCAACCAAGAGGUCUUAGAUGAGAUUAUUUCUGAUGCUGAAGAUACAGAUUCAGAUGCUAGUGUUAAACAUCCUGAAGAAACAGAAAAUAACGAAGCUGAUCAUAAUUUCAAGUUUAAAGAAAAGAAACUAAAACAACCAUCUGAUGAAAGAUGUGGAGACAUCAAAAAAGAAAUAGUCAUUGCUAAACCAGUCACAAACUUUCCUUCAAAUGCAUCACAAAAACAAAAACCGGGUUCCUUUGUUUGGUCAGUGAUUCAAGCCUUUGAAGGAACAAAAGGUCAGUCAGACCUUCAUUCCUCUACCAAUUCCUUAAAAGAAACAAGUCCAAAACUUUACCAAAAGAUAUAUAAAACUCAUGCUGUCAGCCACCAGGAGGAAAAGACCACAAGACUCCUGAAUGGUGAAACUGAUCAGAUCUGUGAUGAACAAUUAUUGUUCAAAGAUGUUGGUAUCCCAGACAGAAAAAUUCCUGGAAGUGCCUUCAGGCCCAUAGGCCUUGCAUCACCCUUCUGUUCCACUUCAGUAAAACCACAACAGAAUGGGUUACAGACUGAUCUCAACAAACUCCAACAUGAAGCUGUUGUUGAAGAUUGUAAUGCUAGUAAACAACCUCGCAGUGGUUCCUUGGAGAGCAUAGUGAAAAAAGUGAACCAGCUUUUUCAAAAAAUGGCUAAGAUGAUAGAGUUAAUGCAUGAAAAAUAUAAAACCCAGCUUUUUGCUGUUUUGGAGGAAAAUAAAUGUCUGAAGAAGAAAGUACAGUUCUUGGAAGAAAAACAAGACCAACUUCAGAAAGAGGUAGAAGCUAAAGAUGAUGUUCUUGAGCACACAACAGCCAAACUUGAAGAAAUCUCAGAGAAACAAAAGGAGGAAUUGGAAUCCCAUCAGAAAGAAAUGGAUCUGCUGCAAAAACAGGUGGAACAGAUGUGGGAAAAGAAUCACUGUUUGGAAGCGGUUAAUAUUGAACAAUCUCGGCAAAUAAAAGAGGAAAUUAAAAAGACAUAUGAAACGGCUCCACAACAGAUGGGAAUGGAAUCUAUGGUGAAUGCUCUGACCAUCUGUGACAAACUUGCUCUUAAACAGGAGAUUGUUUGCCUAAAAAAAGCCUUAGAAACAAAAGGGGAAUUGCUUCAUAACAUGGAUGACAAGUAUGCUCGUAACAAGGAAGUUUGGGAAGAUAACUGUAGGAAGGCAGAGAUGGAAAUUCAGAUGCUUGAUGAUAUAAUUUAUCAGUGUAUUGAUACUCUCCAAAGCAUUCCAGAAGUGGUAAAUUCCUGUGAGUCUCUAAGGAAGCUGAUGACUCUUCUGAAUGGUGGGUCGGCAUCCUACAACCCAAGUGCCAUCUCCUUUAACAAGAGAGACAAUCCUUUCAGUCAAACUAGAAUGACAGUUUGAUGCACCAUGAGAAUUAACACAAAAUUAUUCACCAAACAAAGUCAAGUUCUUUAUUAAAUGUUGUGUAUAGAAUGUGAUUUAAUGCUUUGUUAUAUAUAUUUUUUAUGAGCUUUGUAGCCAGUGGCUUUAUUUUGUUUUAUUGAUCAAUAAAUAUAGUAAACAAUUU